AUGAUGAAACUACAAAUAGCAAACGAACAGGAUAGAAAAGAAGCGCAAAAUAGAGAAAGGAGGAGACAAUGCGAAUUAGAAAGAAGAUCCAGAAUUUUCAAUGCGCGCAAUCGAAAGAUUGGGGUUGACCUUCCCUUCUUGGAGAGGCAGGUAGCAGAAAAGCGUGCGGAAAGGGACGAACAGGAACGGAAGAACCUUGCUUUUGCACAGCAGAUGAUAAAAGACAGCAACCUAGCCGUUGUGCUACAAGCUCGGGAACAAGAGGAGAGGCGUCGUAUCGAUGUAGAGAUCGACGAGUACCGUAAGAAUUACCAGCGUUUAGAAGAUCGCAGAGAAUUUGAUCUCAACAAUCCGGAUGUGCUUAAGAUGCAGCUACCUCCUAGGGCAUCUGACGGAGAACCUGUUGGAAUGUCCAGCGCACAAAAAUUCGAAGGCGAAGAUCUGGAGUAUGAAGAAAGAAAGAAAAUAAUGGCCGAGCAGAAGAACGCGUGGCUUGAACAGCAAGUUCAAGAGAGGAAAGCAGCUCAGGAGGAGCGUAAAGCUGCUGAAGCCGCCUAUAUGAUGGCGAUAAAGGCUCGCGACGCACGCGCAAGUGAGUUGGACCAAAUGGAACGUGAGUGCCGGUACCGACUGGGCCAAGCCAAUCUGCGCUACAACGAAGCCCUGACAGCUGAGAAGAAGCAGCUGGAGCAGAUAAUGAAGGAACAGGAAGAAGCUGAUAAUACAGCGGAGAUGUACAAUAACCUAACAUCUGAUAUGCUCACUGAAAACCCUGAUGUCGCUAAGAGUGCCCUUGGGAAGGAUAGAGCCAUUGGUUUUAUGUACAAGGGCAUGAACCAAGAAGAGCUGAAGAAGUUUUACGCUGCGCAAAAGGAGCAAAUGGCAGCCGCUAAGGCAAAACGCGAAGCAGAAGAGAAAAUGGAAGCGGAGUGGCAGGCGCUGGCCAAGUCGAUUCAACGCGAGGUGGCUCGCCAAGACAUCGCUGAUCAGCGAAAGAGAAGAGAAAUUGCGCGUCAACUAAUGGAAGAGAAUCAAUUAAUGGCUCUUCAACAAAAGGAGAAAGAGAAGUAUUACAAAGAAGUCGUCUACAACAACACUCCAACAGACGAAUACUACUCUCAAUUCAACACAACUACCAGAUAA